AUGAAGUCCAGAGGGAUGAAGAAAGCUGGACCAGAGACAUCAGGGGGAAAGACAGCUCAGCAAACGUUUGGGAGAGGAGAAGUGGAUGAAGGGCUGGAACCUGGCUUAGCAAAGUGGAAGAGGCUGCGACCUGGACUUGGGGAGGUGGAUGCUGACAAUGAGCUUGCCAGAUUGUCCUCCAGAGCCAAGACAGAACUGCAUGGGCCUUGGGGUUAUAGACUUUUUCCAGGAACCGAGACCUGGGUGCCAGUUACAACAAACCUCAACCAGUACCCUAGCAGUGAAUUUUUCAUCACGGGAAGCAACAAAUUGAACAGAUUUGUUGAUGAACUUACUGGCCAUUUGGCUUCCACGGCUGCUUCUGUGUUCGCUCAAUCACGGCCUUUGCCACCGAUGGAAAAUUUGGCAGUUUCCUCCCUGGGAUUCUUCUGUUUGAAGCCUUCACAUGAAUUUUUCUUUUUCUUUUUGCCACACAAAAGGGGCAAAUCCGGGCUGGGGGGAGAGUGCCGCCCCCGCCUGGAGCCGAAGCCUUUGCGUGCCUGGCGGGUCGAGCACAGAGAGGGAACAGGCAGGCGCCGGAGGGGACCAGGGCCGAGAAGCCCAAACAAAAACACUGUCCGGCGCCAGACGCCCACCUACAACCCCAAGCUGGUGGUCGUACAGUUCCAGAAGGAAACGGUCAGGGUCGGGGCAACGAUAAUGAUAGUAUUAAUCCUAUUAAGAGUCGGCCAACCCUCGCCGUCAGCGCGGCAGGCGCCGGCCCAAGCCCAGUUCUCGGACCGGGUUCGCCACCUGUUCCUGCUGGGUCUCGGGGCGCCCAGGGUGGGCACCUGGAGCUCGCCGGAUGAGGACAGGGUCUGGAGGCCGGCCUAGAGACAGGGGGCGAAGAGCGAGCCUGACUCGCUCGGGCAGAGGCCGAGGAAGCCGGUUCUGGGGACAGGGGACCGGGACCCGGGAACCCGAAGGCGGCGGCAGGACGUGUUGGAGCAGGACCCCAGGCCCGGGAACGACUCCGUGGCGAGCCCCGAGAUUGCCGAACCUCCGAGCCCAGCGGGCAUCCGAGCGCAGGACCGGGCGCCCAGGCACCGCAGCGCGCCCCCCGCCAGGAUGCCGGUGGCCCCAGCGCCCUCAGCCGACGGAGAGCCGCUGCAGGAACGCGAAGGAGCUUUCCACUGCACCCGCAGCGUUCACAACUGGCUGGAGCUGAAUACCUGGAUGAAAGUGGAGAGGUUGUUGGUGGAGACAUUCCAUCAGUCGUUUUCCUUGGACCGUUAAAAAGUUGGGCGCCCUCAGUGCCAAGGCCUGGGGACGCUGGACGUGAGAGAGGGUUGUGGUCGUUCGCCUGAGAAAAAAAUCACUCUUUUAAACAAUUUUUGCCAGAAAAUUAGUUUUUUACUAACACUUCUCAAACAAGGCAAUUAGGGCCGUCAGAAUUGAUGCUGGAAGACAAGUCCCGGCAAUGCAAUAAUGAAGUUCCCAUGGAAAGUCAGUAUGUUGUGUUCAGAACUGAGAUAAUGGCUAGAGAAGGGGCUUUGGGCUUUUUGAGUCUCUGAAUAGCCUGUCUCUCUCUUUGUUUCUCUCUCUGUCUCUCUCUCUCUCUCUCUGUCUCUGUGUGUCUCUUCCUCUGACUUUCUGGCUUUGGACACUCCCAAUUUCUUUGUGGUGUUUUUAUAUUUAGAUAUAAGAGAGGAACUUCUUGUUGGAUUUUUUAAGGGAACACACUUCGUUUUGACCCUUACAAUAAAGAAAGGGGAGCUAUGGGAACAGAGACCUCUUUGGAAGGUUAUUUUUAAGUGGAGACUCACCCUGUAUAUAGUACCCACUCCUAGCUGUACCUCUGAGACCUCUAGAAUUAGGCGUCAUUCUAAAAUCUGGACAUUAGAAGUCACAGACUUUGUAUAUAACCACAUACUCAUAAUUUAUCUUUUCGAUAUUUUUUAUUCAUAGACAAAAAUCUCGCAGGCAUGGUUAAGAAAAAUAUAAUUCCUAGAAAGUACAAGGGAAGGAUUAUGUUCUGCAGAUAUGUGACUAACAAGGAUAGCUGGCCAUUCCCAGGGCUGAUGUUGGUUGAGGAGGUGGUGAUGGUGUGAUGUGUGUGUGUGUGUGUGUGUGUGUGUGUGUGUGUCAUGCUUGAGGAGUUGUGGAAGUGUUCAUAUCUGUAAAGUAUUGUUUCGUGGAUGCAGAGCUCCGUGCUGGGAUGAAUGACUUUGUUGCCACAGAAGAAUCACACAUCAGGCUUUUUUCAUCAGCAAACCAGUAAACAUUCGCUCUAGGCCUCCAAAGUCACUCCAUUACCUCACACCAGAGAUCCAAACUGAACCUAGCCCUUACGAGCCUCCCCUAAGAUUUAGAGAGAAUGAUUUCUCAACCAGUUUUCAUCUUUGAAAAUGCCAUCUUCCUGUUUACCAUGGUGAAUUUUUGUCCAAUGCAUGAGUCCCCGAUUUUCUACCAGAUGCAAAGGGUAGAAACUACAGUUUCCUAUAGGAGAAACUUUACAUAGCUUCUUAUUCCUAAAGAUCUUAUUUCUCAAAAUUCAGGACUGGUUUUCCUCUUUCUGGAAAUUAUGACACUGAUUUGAUUCCGUGAUAUCUCUUUCAUCUUCCUCAAUACCUAUACUGUAUGUACAUAUUUUUAUUACCGAAAAAAAAAAAAAAAAAAGAGAGAGAGAGAAUUUGAGCACGCCACAAUCUUGGAAAAUCUGAGGUUGCCCUGUUGUCGAACCGUUUAACUGCCAGGACUUUGUACUGUUUCCCAAAUGUGACCAGAGCUGGGCCACCAGCCUUCUGCAGUCUGUCUCCCUUAGCCAGAACAAGGGUGCUGCGGGUUCAUAUUUGACUUCCUAAUUCCUCUCUUAUCAGUUUUGAAGCCAUUUCCUAUUAUUCCUCUGCCAUAUGUUUUCUGCCAAAUUAAUUGCCUUAAGAUUUUCCUUAAGCUUUUGGAGAUAAUAUAAUGUUUGAAAGAAAAGGAAAAGAAUAGACUGAGUGGAAUCACAUCUAGUUUCAGCUAAUAACAUGUUUCAGCUGUUGUUACUGUUAUAGCUACUGGGCAUAAAGUCUUCUUCUCUUUUUUGAAUCCUAUUUUUGAGGAAUUGAAGCUGUGUCUAUAAGAGGGACAUGACGACAGGCCAGUUGGGUCAAAUCGGUGAAGAGAUUGUCCACUGCAGAUUGGUGCCGUGAGUGGAUCUUCACUGCCUGAAGGCCGGGCUGGGGUCAGCUCACACAGCGAGGUGAGAGUCCACUCCUCAGGCAGUAGAUGGUGAUCUUUGGCCUUGAAGGUGCCACUCCAUUUUCCUGGCUUCAGAAUUUUCCAGAUAUUUCAGUGCCCCCAGAAUGGCAUUCUACGAUUGUGCUGGCAUGGAAGCACGAGGCAGUUUGUCUCUAAAACAUGCUAGAGAAUCCCCUGUCACCAUCUAGGCAAAGAACCAGUGGCAAGGUGGCAGCCUCCCAAAGAGCUCAUCCCUAACGUGAUGUCCUGGAAUCAGAUGGCAAGGACACCGGCCAGCUCAGUCUCUUCCAAGCUCUGUGACUAAGGACAAGGGACCCCACUCCCCAACCUCAGUCUCCUCUUGUGUACAUUCAGAAGGCAGAUGCUGUCAUGGGGGCUGUGUGUGCUAUGUCCAUGGUGCAAGGUGGCACACAUGUCGAGUCACCAGGUGAGACUGCUGCUUUGGAAAAGGAUAGGAAGGAUCUCAGAUAGACUUUGAGGGCAGGAUGCCUCUUACUUGAAGGUGCCUUUAGCUGUCUGACAGAGCCUGUUUCCACAGCCCUGUGGAUUCAUGCCUGUGGAAAUCUUGAGAGUCAUUUAAUCCUAUGCCAUCAUGAAGAAACAGCAGAAUGGAGAAUGUUUAAAAAGAGUCAUGGACAGACAAGGGGGUCAGACACCUCCUGGAUCAGACGCACUUGCCUCUCCACACACGUCUGGAAGCUGAGGACGGCGUUCAUGGAGGCAGAUGCUCGCGGACAGGGACUGAGUUUUCUGGGGCACAGCCUCCAUCUCUAGGGUUCCCUGGACUGUGCCCAGAUAGCUCAUAAUGGCCCAGCCUUAUUUGUGACAAAGAAGGACUUGUGAAAAAGCCACCGGGAAGCAGUAGGUCUAACCAGAGAAGUGCACUGACUUCCAUGCUCUGAAGAAGAAAAGGGAGAAAAGAUACGAAGCUCUCACCUGGGUUGUCUGUAACAGUUGUUAUUUCUCAGGGAAGCUGCAUUAAUGGGCCGAGGAUGUGUGGCUGGGUGUGUGAAACAUGCAUUUUGCAAUGGACUAUCUCCAAAAGCAGAGUGAGGUCACCCAAGAAAUACAGAGCAAGGGAAAAUACUCAUUAGCAAAGGAAUUUUGCUGGAGCCGUGAAACGGCCGACUCACUACUUCCUUUCUACGUUAUUUUAAAUGAAAUUUUUUAAAAUCUUGCUUUCCAAGAAAUUUUGCUUGUUGGCAUAUGUUUGGUGUCUUAAUUCAGUUCGGAGGAUGAACUAGUUAAUUUCCCUGGGAAUACAUGCCUAUUAAAAACAUCCUGCAUCUGACCAAGAGAAGUUUCUUACUAUCUUCUUGUGCUUUUAUGUGGAGAGAGAAAGGGGGGUGUUGUGAAGGAGA